AGGGGGAGGGGGGGCCGGAAAUAUUGCGGCGAUUUUUCCUGUUGUCAUCUCUUCACCUUCGUGAGCUCAUCAGGCGUGCACUAGCGGUGGCUAUCUUCGAUAUCUUGGAGUUCUAGCUGAAUCUGAGCUCAGAACGCUUUUGAUGUGCUUCAGAGACUCUCCAUUACAACCAUGGAAGUGAGGUCCGAGCAAUCUUUCAGUAUUGGGAUGCAGAAUUUCCCAGUGCCGACCAAGCCCUCGAUUUCUAGCAUGCGCCUCACCGUGACUAACGAUGGCACUGCUGUUUAUAAGCAAGUUACUUCCGCGACAAACGCUACACCUGUCCCCACGAUCGCUAGUGUUUCAGCUCCCCCUUUUCCGGGAGGAAACUCCGCCGUCUGCAUUGGGAGUGAUGGAUCUCCCGCCCCACCUGUUGCGGCCAUUCAUGGCCUAAAUGUGACAACCGGUGAGCUGGUGAAGAAGAAGCGAGGGAGGCCUAGAAAGUAUGCCCCUGAUGGUACCAUGGCCCUUGCUCUGAACCCAGUUUCUCCGACCUCCGGAACUCCACCAGGCAUCGGAGGCUUCUCUCCACUUUCAAUGGGACAGGGAAACAUUGAUCUUUCUGUUCAAGGUGAUCCCAUGAAGAAGAUAAAGGGAAGACCUUUAGGCUCUGGAAAGAAGCAGCAGUUGCUGGCACUUGGAUCUGCAGGAACUGGAUUUACUCCACAUGUUAUUGCUGUUAAGGCUGGAGAGGAUGUUUCCGCAAAGAUCAUGUCAUUUUCUCAGCAUGGACCUCGUGCUAUUUGCAUUCUUUCGGCGAAUGGGGCUAUCUCUAAUGUAACUCUUCGACAAGCUGCAACUUCCGGCGGAACAGUAACUUAUGAGGGCCGGUUUGAAAUAUUGUCGCUGUCCGGCUCAUUUCUGCUGUCGGAGAGCGGCGGUCAACGCAGUCGAACCGGCGGCCUGAGUGUUUCUCUGGCCGGUCCCGAUGGUCGAGUCCUUGGUGGCGGAGUUGCCGGACUUCUAACCGCCGCAUCUCCCGUCCAGGUUGUUGUGGCGAGCUUCAUCGCCGACGGGAAGAAAGAGCGAAAACACGUAAAUCUCCUAGAAGGUGCGCCGGCCUUGGAAAAGCUCGCACCUGUUGGCGGCAUUCCCGGCAGCAGCGGUGGUGUGAUGACCGGCGGUAGCAGUCCGCCUUCUCGAGGAACUCCAAGCGAAUCGUCCGGCGGGCCGGCUAGUCCGCUCAACCACAGCAAUAACAGCAACCCGCAAACCUUUUCAAGCUUCUUAUGGAAAUGAAAGAUUGCUUUCUGCUAUAAUUUAACCCCUGCUGUAAUCCUAACAAUCUUUAACAUUCUCUUUUCGUAGGUUUAAUUAGUUGUUUUUAUGAUGUGUGAAAGUUAUUCUAGAGGGAGGAAGACAGAGGAACGUUGUGUAGUGUGUUGUAGUCUUGAUUUUAAUAUGAGCGAGUGUGUUCCUUAGCUUUAA